AUGCUAAAUUUGACAAAACCGACAUUACUAUCAAAACCUUUGGGAAAAAAACAGUCUAAUAAAACAUUAGAAAAAGUCGAAUUUUUAUUGAUUUCUGGACAAUUUAUUGACAAUAUUAAAGCAUGCCACUCUCAUUUGCAAAAUCUAGUUUUGGCAGAUACAAAUUUGGAAAAUUCAGACUUGCCAGUUGAUAUUUUAAUUGGAGCCAAUUUUUAUUGGUCCUUUUUACUGGCAGAAGUUAUAAGGCCUAGAAAUGGUUCAGGUCCAGUUGCCCUGGAAUCCAAGCUUGGUUAUAUACUCAGUGGCGAAUGCAAAAUCCCUUCUGCUGUCUGUAAUUCCUUGUCAUCCAACUUUGUUGAAACAACUGUACUCAAGAUUGCCAGCGAGGUAACUGAAAAGCAAGUUUCACAUGACACCAUAAGUCAUCUUUGGGAAAAUACAAAAUCAACAAACACUGACAUAGUUAAGGAUUUCAAAGAAUCACUAGAGUUUAAAGAUAACCGUUAUCAGUUUACUGCAGAUAACAAUUUGUAUGAUGAGUACAAGAAAAUUAGUGACUAUCAGCUUGAAACUGGUAUUGUUGAAAUUGUUCUGGACCAUGAAAAUCUUCCUUCACAUGGGAAUGUUCAUUACCUUCCACACAGAGCAGUUAUUUGUGAGGAUAUAUCCACCACAAAAGUAAGGGUUGUUUUUUAUGCUAGUGCUUCAGAUAGGUCAGCCUGUAUCGAAUGCAUAACUGGGUUUUUGGCUGAUAUUGAAAAGGCAUUUUUUCAGAUUUCCUUACAUCCCUCUCAUCGUGAUUUUGUACGGUUUCUGUGGUUCAAAGAAUUCACACCUGGAACAAAUUUUGAUGACUUGGAGUUGGUCAUUUUGAGGUUGUGUUGUGCGUUAUUUGGUUGUACAUCAUCUCCAUUUCUACAUCAAGCCACUUUGAAAUAG